ACCAUAGCAAAACUAAUCGCGAAGAGGAGUUCUUCAACGUUAAUCGCCAAGGAAAAGGAAUUAAUUUUAAUGAUUUCAGGAAGAGCAGCUGUCAUAGUGCGGAGAGCUUGGGCCAAGCAGAGUCCGGUUCUUGGAAUAAAGACAGCACUUGAUCUGGGCCCAAGUCCAGCUCUUGACACCAGGACCAUCCACACGAGUCAGACCUGGACCAUGGCAUCUGGACCAGUAGAGAGUAGCAUCAGGGACAAGCUCAUGCAGAAAUUUCAACCCUCCCAUUUGGAAGUCAUCAACGAGAGUAACAUGCACAAUGUCCCACGAGGAUCGGAAACACAUUUCAAGGUUGUGGUGGUCUCGGAAGCAUUUGAUAACGAGAGUUUGAUAAAGCGCCAUCGAUUGGUGAAUGAGGUCCUAAAGACGGAGCUUGAUGGGCCAGUACAUGCUUUAUCAAUACAGGCUAAGACCCCAUCUCAGUGGUCAAGCAAUGCAACGGUCACCAAGUCCCCUCCUUGUCUUGGAGGAAUGGCCAGAGAACAGAGAGAUCAUCAGGGUACCUGACCCCGGACACCUCGCCACCAGGACAAAAGGAUUACUAUGAAAUUGCAUUCUCCUAGAGGCAUGUUGUCAGGUCAUCCCUUCAUCCAGUUUCACUCUUGUGGUAACGAAAGAACUGAUUCACGGAUCAUAUUGAUCGACCUCUUACUUGGGUUAUGUAUACAUAUUUGAGUGGUAAUGCUCUGUUUAGAUUGUUGGUCACCAGGUCAAAGGUCAAGUUGCAGAGGUAAUUAUAUGAAUAUAUCAUGUUAUGCAUAUAAAGGAUCAUUUCUAUUGAUCACUGCCAAACCUCUCACAAGUAUACAUAUGGGAGAAGAUAUGGUCUGAGUUUAUUUUGGGUCAAUCAAUUAACUAUAUAUGACAAAGGUCAAAUGUCAUAAAGAUGAUAUACUGUACAUGAAUAUGACAUUUUCUUGCAAUAAAUAGAUAACCAUUUGAUGGAUCAACUUCAAAUUUAGCUCACGUUUGCAUACUGUAUGGGAGUGACAGUGGUCUGAUAUUAUUUGGGGGUCACAAGUUACUAAAUAGGUCCAGUGGAUAAAUCAGAAUUAAAAUUGAUUUACACAUGAAUUUUGGAUUGGUGAUCUGACUAGAUUUUUGCUAUAGAAAAUAAAUUUUCUAAGUAAAGUGUGCAAUAUAUAUUUCAUAUCUUGCAUGACUGCAUGACAGAUGCAUUAAUUUACAUGUAAACUGCUCAGAGUCGAGAAUCCAUCCAGUUCACCACAAUCAUGGAAACUUACUAUUGUGCAACAUUUUUAUCAUAUAUAUAUUUAAAUAUAGGUCAAGUCCACCUCAGAAAUUUUUUUGUUUGAAUCAAUAGCAAAAAAUCAGGCAAGCACAAUGCUGAAAAUUUCAUCAAAAUCGGACGUAAAAUAAGAAAGUUAUGACAUUAUAAAGUUUCGCUUAUUUUUCACAAAAUAGUUAUAUGCACAAUUUAGUCACAUGCAAAUGAGAGAAUCGAUGAUGCCCCUCACUCACUAUUUCUUUUGUUUUUAUUGUAUGAAUUAUACAAUAUUUCAAUUUUUACAGAUUUUACAUUAAGGACCAACUUGACUGAUCCAUAAAAUGUUAAACAAUGGUAAUUCCACAUGUUCAGGGAGAAAUAAACUUUGUUUCACAGGACAAUGGGGAGAAAAUUAGAAUAUUUCAUAUAAUAAAAUACAAAGGAAAUAGUGAGUGAGGGAUGUCAUCAGUUUCCUCAUUUGCAUACCGACCGGGAUGUACUUAUAACUAUUUUGUGAAAUUAAGCAAAACUUUAAAAUGUCAUAACUUUCUUAUUUUACAUCCGAUUUUGAUGAAAUUUUCAGUGUUGUGCUUGUUUGAUUUUUCUCUUUUUAUUCACAUCAACUCUGUGUUGGCGUGGACUAGUCCUUUAAAUAUUGUAGGCAUCUUUUGAUUGGUCAGUUGUUAUCACAUGAAUUUGUACAAUUCUUUUCUACAUUGUGGACUUCCUAAAUUCUACUGGUUCACUGCAACAUCAAACUGUGAAUAAGUUAACAAAUGAGGCUGACUAGAUAUCAGUUACACUUUAUGAUAUUGUAAUAUCUUUUCAAUCCAAAGAAUUGGGUGCUUACGUCUAUGAACAUAUUUAGCGAGUUCAUCACUUUUCUCUUGUGGAAUUGCCCUUCUGCACUGAAUAUUACCGUAGAUUUGAAAUAGGUCAUACAUGAUUAUAGGAAAAAGACAGAAAACCCCUUAUUGAAUUUUUAAUUUAGUGAUUUCAUGAUACACACCUGUUGCAUGACAUCUCUUAAAUAUAAUAACUCUGUAACUUUAUUAGGAUCUUUUAAUGAGUAUUUAUCAGACCGUAUGUUUAUUUUUUCAAUAAACUAACUUGAAGUCAGGGGUUGACUUCCCUUUUGAAUUAGAAAUGCCUUGCUUUCAGUAAAUAUAUUGUGGCUCUAAAAGUCUACUGUCAAUUUAGUUUCAUCCCAAAUAAAACUUGUGAUUUGAAAAUGAGACAAGUUGAAGAAGGGGUGUAUUUGAGAUACUACAUUUUAUUGAAUAUUGUGUUAAGAUGGUACAUAAAAUGGUUCAAAGUACAUUUGAUGUAAUAAAAAUAAAAAUUUAAGGCAAGCCUACCCCAACAAGAAGUUGAUAUGAAUACAUUUCAAAUGAGCAUUUACGCUGGAAAUUUCAUCAAAAUUGGAUUGAAAAAAAUAUGAAAGACUGUAAUUACUAUUUAUACUUAUUUUACAUCUGCUUGUUGGAAAUAAAAUUAUACUAUAUUUA